GCCACAGCCAUUGACAACGUCCAAUGACAAUUGCUAAUGCAUUCGCCCCCUCCCUACGCCUACGCCGCUGAUUCAGCGGUGGCGAUGAAAAAGCGUGUGUGUAAUUGAAGCGCCACGUUGGCUACAGCCGAUGCUUGCGUUGGUGACCAGCACGUUGACGGGUGAAUUACGGAUGCCGAAUCCGUAACAAUGUGCUGGCGUGCUCGAGCAGUCCGAGAGCCGCGCAGCCAUGAAGCCACUGGCGCGAGGAGGUCAGACAAGUAUUUAUUUGCAUCGCAGUUCGCUAGCGUUUCGAUCGGCGCAUAGAUGCUCGCGCGCAAUGGUCUCGCGUGACCAAGAGCCCGGGUCCUCGCUUUGAGCCAUCCAGUUUGCCGAUGCCCUGCUCCGGCUACGCUCGAAAAGUAAGUCACCUCGACCCUUCUGAAGCACAUCGCGGCAAAUGUCCCCAGCUGGACCUACACGCAUCCGUCUCUCGGUGUGAGGUGGCCGCUCGAGCGGACUGCAGCUCUUGAACGGGAUCAUGAUAAACCUCCGCCGCUAUCGCGAGAUUAGUUUAGUUUCCAUUUUUCCGCCAUGCUGUCCUCGAGGCGCAGUCGCACCUUGUCACGGAACGACUCGAAGAUAUUCCCAUUGCCCGAUGACUUCUUUCCGGAAGUCAAGCUAACGGAAGAACAGGUUUUGGCCUACGAGAUGCAGGUCGAGGAAAUCGUCCGAAACGCACUGCUCGAAUACGAUCGCCAUGAAGCUAAAGGUGCCUAUCCGAUCUAUAGCUCGCCGUGGGUGCCAGUUGGUAGCGAAGGUCCUUUGACUGCCAUUCGAAAGGAGUCGCCUGAGGGGCUCUCGAACAGCGAGUUUCGUCUCUACGGAUGCAUUCAGGGCAACUACCGCAACUUCAUGGAUUUCUACUAUGCCGAGAAUUCACAGGAGCUAUUCGAGUGGAACCAGUUCAUGUACGGCUACGCGGUGGAUGCAGUCGUGCUGAAGAAUAUUCACACGAGAGACUCUGGAAAGCCACACGAGUACUUGGGGCUUAAAUGGACGUGUCUGCAACCUUCGUCGUUUGGACGCAAGCGCGACAACUGCUUUCUCGAAUACCUGACCUACACCAAGGACGAGCUUGGUCGCAGCGUGGGAGUGCGCGUGACGCUGCCGGUCGAGAUCGACGAGUGCCCGGAUCUGUAUCGCAGUCUGAAGGUGAAGCGUGUUAAGACCCACAACGUUGCCAUCGUUCGCCCGGCAGGAUCUUCUUCCGACGCGACGCAGCUCUUCGUCAUGAGCGAGAACGACUUCGCCGGCUUGCCGGUGAGUGCCAAGAACUUCAAGAAGUUCAUGCGCAUCUACAACGACAUGGCCCUGUUCGUCGACUCCAAGCAUAUUCUGAAGCAGGGAAUGCUCUGCAAGUCGAAUUGGAUGCCCAACAACUCGCGAAAGGCUUGUACGAACUGCCAGCUCCCGUUCAACGCAGCCACUCGCCGUCGCUCCCACUGCAGACUCUGCGGAGACAUUUUCUGCAACCACUGUCUGAUUGUUCGCAAUGUGCCGCGCGAUCAAAGCGGAGCUUCCAAGUCGCGCAUCUUCCAGGUAGUAAAGUCUCGCUUCUGUAAAGCGUGUCUCUCGAGGGUACGCCGGGGAAGCGAAACAGCGCACGCAACUCAGCCUGCGCUGGCACGUGGUUGUUCGGACACAAAUGUCAGCCGUGUUGCCACCGUCAACCGUGAUAACAGGAAGCUGCGUAAAGCUGCGAGCAUCACCAGCGAUCAGAACAGCUUACGGCAAGAGUGGUGGGACGACAUCGCAUCUGACUCCGAUUGGUCCGAGACGGACUCGGAGGACGCCAGCAAGGCGUCGCUCAACGCUUCAGGCCGGUCGAGACUUGCUAGCUCGCUGUCUUCGUCGCAGUCGUCGUGGACUACGACUCGCCCCGAAGACACCUUGGAAAAGGACGAUAUGUCGUUCGUGGCAACGCUGGAUGUCAUUGAUGACGACGUGGCUAUUCUCGACGAGAAACCACGGAGCUCCAAGGCCAAGCUGCACAAAAAGCUCUCAAUGUCCGGUCGGUACUCGAUGAGUAGGAGGCAUUCAACUCGCAAGCAGCAGAAAGCGCAGUCGUCCGAGGAGACGCAGGAGGUCACCGAGGUGAUCGAUACCACCGAUAUGAUGCCAAUGUCCGAGCUACGACGACAGUCGCGGGCAGGAACUACUGGCGUUGUGCUUCCAGCCCGAAAGUACAGCAAGCGGAGCAGUGGACGGGAAUCGCUGCUUAGCUCGAGUGGUCCUAGCCGACGUCUGAGUCGGGACGAGCCCACCAACCGGUUCCGCUCGUCUCGCUCAAUUAGUCAGUGCCUUGCAGAGCAGGAAGAGCUACUGCGUUGUAUGCUUAGCGUCAGCCGAGUGCAUUCGAACCCUGGCGGGGGCUCCAGGAGGAGAGUUUCGAAGCCACCUAAGGUGGAUUUUGCGGCGACGAUGCCCGCGCCGCGCCCCACCAUUCGGUUGUAUGAGCUUUAAUCUCGAUUCGAGUCUACAAGACGGUAGUUUACCGACAUGCUUGUCUAUUAUUUAGUGAUUCAUAAGCUAUAAUGAAGGAGCAGGCUGCGAUCGAAGCAGUUGGCUAUUCAGGUAUACAUCUACGGUGAGGAUUUCUUCUGUUAUCGCCUUGCAGACAUGGAAAACAUGGCGCUGGCUGGACCAGUGAGGAGGUUACCACUUGCAAGUUGUAGGCCCAGUCCAUGACGAAGGGACAUAACCAACGACGACAGGAUGAGAGGACCGCGUGCCGCUACCGCUAUGGAUAGCCUUGCCACUGCCAGAGAGUGCCGGCCUGCAAAAUCGUCAUGGCCAUGCCGUUGCGGUUCCAUGCUGCGUGUAUCCGGGAUUGAAUAGGGCCUGAGUGUGCUUCCCGUGCAAGGAAACCCUUCCGCGUUGCAAGCUCUUUUCAGCUUUUACUCUGGUUGCCGAGGCACAGAAAUGCGUAAUAAACAUCACAAGGUCUGGCUGAUGGAGACGAGCGUUACGCCACGACCAACACCAGCUCACCAAAGCUGACAUUUUUACACACUUAAACGACAUAUCCUCCUGCUAGAAGCUGAUGUACAUGCACUGCGCUUUCGAGGGGUCCUGGUCCGCUUUUCCGACGGUAUUUGCCGCUGAGGCAACUUCAACGUGCGGCCAUUUUGCGCAUCGCUUGAGGGACUUCACUCUGCGAAGCGCUCGAUCCUACAUGUAGCUUUACUGCCC